AUGGGUGAUAACAAUGACGAGGUUGGCUUGACUGAUGUUGUCGUGGCUCAGCCCACCGCCGCUGAUCAAAAUGAAUUAGUUAUACAGUUAAUGCAACAGAUUACCGAAAUAAAGAUCGAAAUGCAAAGAAUGCAAGAUUUGCGUAAUCCAAUUUCUGCUUUCAACCCUUCAGGAGAUGAUACGGCUACUCGAAGAGAAUAUUCUAGAAGGAAUAUGGGAGAGAUUGUGGAACGAGAAGAUCUUCCUCAAGUUCCAUUCGACCCUUUGGCCGAGCAAUGUGGAAAGAAGCACAAGAAUAAGUGCUUAGCUGGCACAGAUGCUUGCUUUGGUUGUGGAAAGAUAGACCACAAGAUAAGGGACUACCCCUCAGUUGCUAAGAAUAAGGGAGAAAAUCAUCGACGGGCUCAACCGAAUCCUUCAUCCGAUUCUAGUGGAAGUCAGAAGCAAAACAAAUUUUAUACACUUCAGACUCGUAGAGGACAAGAGGGUUCUCUCAAUGUGGUUACCAGUAUGUAG